AUGGACAAUGGCUUGUGCGUUUCAGGAUCUCCCCCUCGCUCCUCGGUGAGCAGAGCUCUGUCUCCAGAGGGGAAACAUGGAACAUCUGGAUACGGGCAGGGCGUCACUGCUCUCUGCAGUCACACACUUACAUUCCCCCCCGGGGCCACAUCCUCACCGCACUUUCACACCGAGAUCAAAAAGACAGAACUAGCCCCUGAGGCCUCGCUGAGCCCAGGAAUGGACCUCCCUGAACUCAAACUGACUUCAUUUCAGGCCAAGGCUCCAGUCUGGUCGCUGCUGGUCCUUCUAUGUCUGCACACAGCCAAAGGGAUGUCAGGGUGGGGCGGGUGUUUGGAUGGACAUGAUGUAUUUGUGACGGUCAGAGAAAACAGCCGCCGAGGAGAAGUUGUUGCUGAGCUCUCGGCUGACACCACAGUGGAAGGGGUACAGUGGAUCCUGGAUGGAAAAGACAAAGAUUGGUUCUUCCUGGAUGAAAGAUACAUCCGGUUGAACACAUCGGUCGACAAGGCUCUUGACCGGGAGGCCCAGAGUCCCGUCCUGAUGGCUGAGUUGCAAUGUUAUGAGGACGACCUACUUCAGAGUGUGUACAGGGUCAUGGUGGAGGUUCUUAAUGAGAAUGAUAACUCGCCUGUGUUUGCAGAAAACUCCACCCACUCUCUUAUUAUAAGUGAGCUGACUCCAGUGGACACUGUGAUCUUUACCGUCCUGGCCACCGACGCAGAUAACGACAAGAUCAUUUACUCCAUUGACCAGUCAUCCCCUGAUGCAGAUUAUUUCAAGCUUGAUUUCCCAAACAGUGGAGAAGUGAUCCUGUCCAAGCCUCUCGACUAUGAGACUCAAACCGUGCUGACUGUUACCAUCCACGCCUCGGAAAUGAGCACCGCUGAGCGCUUCAACACCAGCGCCAACAUCACCAUCCACGUCCUGGAUGGAGACGACCAGUACCCACAGUUCCUGCCCUGCACGCUGCUGUUCCAAGAUGAGACCAGUCACAUCUGCACCAGUCCUGUGUACACAGUCAAUAUCACGGAGGGGGAGGAGGACAUUGUGCUGGACUUCUCUCCUGGUCCUAUAUAUGCAGUGGAUGGAGACAGAGGCAUCAGCACUCCACUCAGUUUUGCCAUACUCUCAGGCAACGAUGACGGCCGUGUCCUGAUCGAUAGAGUGACAGGGGAGAUGAAACUGACUCAGGGGGUGACGGACAGACUCACAACUCCAAUGCUGCAUCUUCAGGUCCUGGCAUACCAGGAUGAUGACCCCAGGAAGUACUCUGUCGCCACGGCGUUGAUCCAAAUCCUGGCAGUGAACCACUUUCACCCGGUGUUUGACGAGGCUGAAUAUCACGGCUUUGUAACUGCGGUAAAGAGCGCUGCCUCUCUGGUGAAUACGUACGGUGGCAAAGUGCUGAUGUUACACGUAGAAGACCCGGACUUUGAGCAGGGUUUCAACCCCAGGAUCAUCUUCACCUUCAGCCAUACAUCCAACCACACAGACAUCUACCAGCUCACACAGGACGGCCUUCUGAUCGCCAGGACCUACCAGCUCAAACCAAAACAGAGACACACCCUAGAGGUAAAAGCCACAGAUCAAGAGUCAGGUGAUGCAACCUUUGCUACUGUCGUGAUCGAGGUGUUAACUGAAGGACAAUCAAUUCCUGACAGUCCACUGGGAGUAGAGUGCCUGACGGGCUGUUCUGUGGGCAAAGCAGUCUUCCUCAGCCUGGUGUUCAUGACUACGGUUGGAUGUGUCCUGUCUCUGGUGAUCUGGUUGAAGAGGAAACAAAGGGGAAAGAGGGACCCACUGGAGAGAGGCUGUGUGGCCCAGGGAAAACACCCCAAUGUGGUGAGUCACCGCAGUGCCAUGCCACACACAGAGAAAGUUCCCAACAAGAGGGAAGAAUCUGGAACCUGCAAUCCUUCCUUCACCUUCCCUGACAAACCUGCGAUCUACACCGUCCAAGAUCUCCCCAACUGCCGAGGAGCGACUGCUGCACCCGACAGCAGCUUGGUCUCCCCUGAGAACGCAUGCAGCCCCGUGAUCUCCAAUAAAAUUGCUUCUUUAUCAAUCAAAAGCUCCCGUAGCUCACCCACCUCUCACCCAGCCACUGUGGAUUUGAGGUCUACACACAAGGCUCAAGACGCUGUGCCGUCCAGAGAAAAUCUUAACUCCCCACCUGCUCCACCCUGGGAAGCUCCUGCAGAACUACCCAACACCAGUCUGAGCCCCAACACACCUUAUUCCCGUCCCGACUCACAAGCUACCACCGAUGAUGACAUCAUUGACCUUGUCACAAGCCCCUCCUCUCAAUCCAGCGCUCCAUGCAGUCAAACCCGCAUUGCUUUUGCAGAAAUAGACAAACCCUUCCGCAAAUCUCGCGUGAAGACGCCCCCGUAUUCACCUUUACUGUCCUCAUCCCACCCCAAGCGGACCAGCACGCCCCCACCCACCCCAGAGCAGGAACCUUUCAAAGCCAAGCUGGUCCACGUGGAUACUUCACCGCUUGAUACGCCUCCGGUGACGCCACAGCGAAAAUCUAUGGCUCUAAGCAUGGAGGAAGACCAACCGUCCACGUCGCUGGAUCAGGUAGACCAACCAGAGCUGCCAGGUGCAGAUACCAGCAGUCCAUCUGAGGACAUAAGGCCAUCUGAGGACAGAAGGCCCUCAGAGGACAGAAGGCCCUCAGAGAACUCAGCAGACACCCAGGACGACCGCAGGGCGGGGGAGGAGGAUGACGACGGCUUUCUGGGAGAUGAAGAUGGAGACAAGCAAAGUGACGAUGAGUUAGAGUCAGAUGAAGAAGAGCUGCUGAGAGUGCUGGCUCGAUGUAAUCCUAUUUUUAUCACCUUUAGUAAGUGA